CCUACAGGAGGAACUGCCGGGGGAACCCCAACUGCCUGGUGGGCAUCGGGGAGCACGUCUGGCUGGGCGAGAUAGACGAGAACAGCUUCCACAACAUCGACGACCCCAACUGCGAGCGCCGCAAGAAGAACGCGUUCGUGGGCUUAACGAACCUCGGCGCCACGUGCUACGUGAACACUUUCUUGCAGAUGUGGUUUCUUAACUUGGAGCUCCGACAAGCCCUCUACUUGUGUCCCAGCACCUGCGGCGAGUAUGCGGCCGGAGAGGGCAUCCCGAAAGACAAAGACUAUGAGCCUCAGACCAUUUGUGAACACCUCCAGUACUUGUUCGCCUUGCUGCAGAACAGCAAAAGGCGAUACAUCGAUCCCUCUGGGUUCGUCAAAGCGCUGGGCUUGGACACGGGACAGCAGCAGGAUGCCCAGGAGUUUUCAAAGCUGUUCAUGUCACUGCUGGAAGAUACUUUAUCCAAACAAAAAAACCCAGAUGUUCGAAACAUAGUGCAAAAGCAGUUCUGUGGAGAGUACGCCUAUGUCACAGUCUGCAACCAGUGUGGCAGGGAGUCCAAACUCGUGUCUAAAUUUUAUGAGCUGGAGUUAAACAUCCAAGGGCACAAGCAGCUGACAGACUGUAUAACAGAAUUUCUUAAGGAAGAAAAAUUAGAAGGGGACAAUCGUUAUUUUUGCGAAACUUGUCAGAGCAAGCAGAACGCCACCAGGAAGAUCAGGCUGCUAAGUCUUCCCUGCACGCUCAACCUGCAGCUGAUGCGUUUCGUGUUUGACAGGCAAACCGGCCAUAAGAAAAAGCUCAACACCUACAUCGGCUUCUCUGAGCUGCUUGACAUGGAGCCUUUUAUGGAACAAAAAAACGGCGUCUACGUGUAUGAACUUAGUGCCGUCCUCAUACACCGCGGCGUGAGCGCGUACUCCGGGCACUACAUCGCCCACGUGAAGGAUCCGCAGACGGGCGAGUGGUACAAAUUUAACGACGAAGACAUAGAAAAGAUGGAGGGGAAGAAACUGCAGUUGGGGAUUGAGGAAGAUCUAGCGGAACCUUCUAAAUCCCAGACUCGUAAACCGAAGUGUGGGAAGGGGACUCACUGCUCGCGCAACGCUUACAUGCUGGUGUACAGGCUGCAAACCCAGGAGAAAUCUCUGACGGUCGAAGUACCAGCUUUUCUACAGGAGCUGGUAGAGCGCGAUAACUGCAAGUUUGAGGAGUGGUGCAACGAAAUGGCCGAGAUGCGCAAACAGAGCGUGGCCAGAGGCAAAAUCAAACACGAAGAGGUGAAGGAGCUCUACAAAAGGUUACCCGCUGAAGCUGGUUCCCCGUACGACUUCAUCUCUCUUGAAUGGCUGCAGAAAUGGCUGGAUGAGUCUACUCCUCCGAAACCUAUAGAUAACACAGCCUGCCUGUGUUCACACGGCAAACUCCAUCCCGAUAAAAUAUCCAUUAUGAAGAGGAUAUCGGAGUACGUCGCUGACUUCUUCUACAGGAGAUACGGAGGAGGGCCCCGGCUGAAUGUCAAAGCACUUUGCAAGGACUGCGUGGUAGAAAGGUGUCGAAUCCUGCGACUGAAAAACCAGUUAAACGAAGACUACAAAACCGUUACGAACUUGCUGAAGAUAACAGUCAAAGGGAACGACGGGUUUUGGGUUGGAAAGGCAUCCUUGCGGAGCUGGCGUCAGUUGGCCCUGGAGCAAUUAAAUGAGCAAGACGAAGACGCAGAGCACAGUAAUGGAAAAAUGAAUGGGAACGCACAAAACAAAGAUGAAUCAAAUGAAGAGAAGAGAGAGGAGGAAGAGGAGUUAAAUUUUAAUGAAGACAUUGUUUGCCCACAUGGUGACCUGUGCAUAUCCGAAAAUGAUCGGAGAGUGGUUUCAAAGGAAGCCUGGGAGAAACUCAAGCAAUAUUUUCCAAAGGCACCUGAAUUCCCAAAUAACAAAGAGUGCUGUUCCCAGUGCAAGAUUUUGGAGCGCGAAGGGGAGGAAAACGAAGCUCUGCAUAAGAUGAUGGCCAGCGAGCAGAAGACUUCUCUCCAGAACCUGUUUCAUGAUAAAUGCAGACCUUGCCUGGGCAGCUGGCCGCAGGAGACAGAUGAGCUGUAUAUUGUUUCGCAGUUCUUUGUAGAAGAAUGGAGGAAAUUUGUCAGGAGGCCGACGCGAUGCACCCCUGUGUCCUCGGUAGAAAACAGCGCUCUUCUCUGCCCCCACGGGGGCCUCAUGUUCACCUAUGCUUCCAUGACCAAAGAAGACUCCAAACUUAUAGCUCUAAUAUGGCCCAGCGAGUGGGAGAGGAUUCAAAAACUCUUCGUGGUGGAUCACGUCAUCAAAAUCACCCGAACACAAGCUGCCGGGGCGGACCCGGAGAGCGCACUUUACACCUCCGAGCCCGAACUCUGUCCAGAGUGCAGAGAAGGGCUGUUAUGCCAACAGCAGCGGGACUUGCGUGAGUACACCCAGGCAACCAUCUACAUCCAUAAAGUGGUGGAUAAUAAAAAG